UUUGCAGAAGAAACAGAAUGAGCAGAGUGAGGUGAGGUCGAAUAGUGUGUAGUUGGGUUAGAGAGAUUAUUCGACGAGAAACCAUUGGUUUCGGUACUUUCUAUUCAAGUGCAUCGUUAUUGAGCUGUUGACAGUUGGAUGGCGAAGAAGGGGACAGUGAUGCAGCUAUCCUCCGUUUUUCCGGAGGAGGAGGUGCAGAAGGCGUCUAUGCGGGUGCAGGACACAAUCACCGAGCGCCGUCGCGAGCUAGAAAAACUCAGGAGCUUCAUGGACGACAACACCGGCUUAAUCAACCUCGUUCGGAAACUUCCUGACGAAACUCACCACGAUAUCAUGGUUCCGUUUGGGCAGGCAGCUUUUUUUCCUGGCCGAAUGACUAACCCUAAUAAAUUUUUGGUCCUUUUAGGGGAAGGCUACCAUGCUGAAAGAUCAGCCAAACAAACAGUUGAGAUCUUGAAAAGACGAGGAGAAGCUAUAGAGUCCCAAAUCGAAUCUCUGAACGCUAUAAUGCAGGACUUGAAGCUUGAGGCUUCAUUCUUUGAUAAGACAGCCCAUGAAUCAGCGGAAGGUGUAGUAGAAAUCAGGGAAGAUUACAUUGAGGAUGAGGAAGCUCCUUCCGGCACAGCACCUACAUCAGGGUAUAAAAGAUCUGGUUUGGCUCCUCCUGUCAAGGUGGAUAAUGGGGAAGCUGUAGUUGAAGAUGAAGAAUACGCGCGCAUAUUAGCACGGAUGGCUGAACUUGAAAAAGAGGAGGAAGAAGCUGAAGAGGCAAGUGGAUCCGAUGAGGACGAAAAGUUACAAAAUGAACAUGACAACGCCCUCAGGCCUGACUCUACUGAUCGAACCAAUCAAGAAUUUAGGAGUAUUACGCCUGCAACUCGGGAGGCACCAUUAGUAUCUAAAGGGGGUGCAUCUCAUGGAGAUCCUCCAGCACACAAUAAUGCUGUGGUAAGCAAGGAUUCCGAACUACCGAAAGACGAAAAGAAGAUCUUAUCUCCUUUCCCAGCCAGCAACACAGCCUUCACUGGUUCGAUCGUUGAGCAUACUCAUAACAUCGGAGGGAAUGCACCGCAACAGCAGGGUGGUGCUCGGAGCUCAAAACCUGUUUCGAGGUUUAAGAUGCAGAGAAAAUAGUAGUUGAAAUCUUCUUAGGCAACGCUGAAUGAGCUCGCUGCACUCUCGACGAAUUUCCUGGCUCCCUUGAACCACCGCUUGUCACCAGCUUGCGCCUUACAGAUGUAGAGCUUCCCGUCCUUCGCGGUGGCGCUGAUCAGCUGGUGCUUCCCACCUUCGUCCCUCGUCAGCCGUUCUUGUCAGCACCGACAAGUAGUAGUACUGUUUUCUGUCAACCGUGG